UUCGAUUUUGAUUUCAAACCGGGUCGCUACUUGAUAUAUGAUAGCUUCGCCCGACCCGAAAACCCAGAAAGGUGGAAAGGAGUAAUGGGAUAGCCAACGGCGAGCAUAGUUGAAGUGAUCCUACCGAAAACAGGAAAAGCCCUAGAGAAAAGAAAACAAAGCAAAUGUGGUCUCUUUCUCUUCGCAGAUUGUCUUCUUCGUCAUUGCUUGGCAGUCAUGGCGGCUUCAAAUCCAUCUCUUACAUGCCCUCUAGAUUCGCCGCUUUUUUUACAGGUCGUUUAGAUAAUGGCAAUAGUAGUUCCUAUUCUGAUAAUGUUGCUAAAGGAGAAAGUGAAAAACGUACAUUACAGUCUUCAGGAAAUUUUGGGACUAAUAUGGAUUUGUUGGCUGCAAAAGAAAAUGUGUCUGCUCCAUAUCGCAAGGGGUUCCAAAAUUCUGCAGGUCUGAAAGAUGCUGAGAUGGGGAGGAAUUCUGGGCCCAUGGACUUUGUGAGGGGAAUAUUAGAGCAAGAGAGUUCUCGAUUUUCUCAAUACAAUGUUGAGCAUAAUGCUGAUAUUGUGCACAUAAAGCUAAUGCGUAAUAAUAGCUUUAUUAAUGUGACAGAUUCUAAGGGAAAUACAAAGUUUGUGGUUACAUCAGGAUCGAAGAAAGUGGUAGGCGAGGGAAAAGUAACUAGGUAUGCUGCUGAAGCAACUGCAGAAUAUGCUGGACGGAAGGCCAGAGAAAUGGGGUUGAAAUCGGUUGUGAUGAAGGUUGAAGGGUUCACUUACUUCAGGAAGAAAAGGCAAGCAAUCAUGAGCUUUAGAGAGGGCUUCUGUAAUUCUCGAGCUGAUAGGAAUCCUAUUGUAUACAUUGAAGAUACUACUCGGCGUCCACAUAAUGGAUGUCGACUUCCAAAGAAACGCCGAAUUUAGGUUAUAGCAUUUCAGCUACGUGUCUAAAGGAUGGAACUAAUUAUCCAAUGUUUAGCAAGAGUUUCACACACAAAGGGGCAGAUAAAUCCCUGGGAAUGGUAAUGGAUGUUGGUAGUUAUUUUGUUUGUAAUAACGGAAUCAAGGAGAAGGUAUCUUAAAGUGGUGGUGGAUGUUAAUUUGAUGAAUUCCAAUUAGUUUAAAGUUGUUCUUGUGUUGGUUUUGAGGUGACAAGCAUAUUUCUCAUGGACUUGUAGUACCCUGAAACUCAUGUCUUUUAUUUAUUGAGUUUAACAAUUCUGUCUCUAAA